AUGACUGCUGCAGACAGAUGGAAGGAUUAUGCCUGUGUAACAUCCCUUUUCGUGGCUGUUGCAUCGUUAUACUAUGCAUAUAAGGUUAAGACAACUACAUUAACUGCUCUAUCACCACCAAAGGAUGGAGUGGAAGACUUGAUAGGAAAUACACCAAUGGUAAGAAUUAAAUCUCUUUCCGAUUAUACUGGUUUGAACGUUUUUGCCAAAAUGGAGUUAAAUAAUCCAGGUGGUAGCGCAAAGGACAGAGUUGCCUUGAAUAUUAUCAAAACCAUCUCAUCGCAGGAAGGUAUUAAGGGUUCAAGUGAUAAGAAAAAUAGAAUCUUUGAAGGAACAAGCGGAUCUACAGGUAUAUCCCUUGCAAUAUGUUGUAACGCGUUGGGUUACUCAUGCCAUAUCUCGCUACCGGACGAUACAAGCCAAGAGAAACUUUCUCUUUUAACUGCACUUGGUGCAAUAGUGAACAAGGUAAAACCUGCUAGUAUAGUGGAUCCGAACCAAUACGUAAAUGCAGCUAAGUCGUGUUCAGAAGAGUACACUGAGGGUGUUGGUGUAUUUGCAGAUCAAUUCGAGAACGAGGCCAAUUGGAAAUGCCAUUACGAAACGACAGGACCUGAAAUUUAUCUACAAUUAAAUGGGGAAGUGGAUGCAUUCAUCACGGGAUGCGGUACUGGUGGUACCAUGGCCGGUGUUUCUCGUUAUCUAAAGGAGAAAAGAGGUGACAAAGUACAUAUUGUGUUGGCUGAUCCGCAAGGCUCGGGUUUCUACAAUAGAAUCAAAUACGGUGUCAUGUACGAUAACGUAGAGAAAGAAGGAACAAGAAGAAGACAUCAAGUGGACACAUUAGUGGAAGGAAUUGGUCUUAACAGAAUUACAAACAACUUUCUGAAAGCGGAAAAUUAUAUAGAUGAUUCCAUCAGAAUUACAGACGAGGAAGCUAUUAAGAUGGCCAAAUUCUUAUGUGUAAAUGACGGAUUAUUCGUUGGUGCCAGUACUGCAAUCAAUGCAGUCGCAGUGCUGAAAUAUGCGGAAAACUUACCGAAGGGUUCAAAUGUUUGCAUCAUUGCAUGUGACAGUGGCUCUAGACAUUUAAGCAAGUUCUGGAAAGAGGCCCUGCAGGUGAGUAACGAUCUUUCAAUUUCAGAUAUCAUAUAA